CCGCGCUCCUCGCGCUCUUUACGUCGGAGCCCAAGGAGUAGGCGUUUCCGGCCAUUCAUACGCCUAGACUUUCGGACCUGGGUAGUCCGGUUUUGUUCACUAUCCGACCGAAAGAGAGACGGCGCCGCUAGGAUGAAGCUCGUGAGAUUUUUGAUGAAAUUGAGUCACGAAACUGUAACCAUCGAAUUAAAGAAUGGAACACAGGUCCAUGGAACAAUCACAGGUGUAGAUGUCAGCAUGAAUACCCAUCUGAAAGCUGUGAAAAUGACUUUGAAGAAUAGAGAACCGGUACAGCUGGAAACACUGAGUAUUCGAGGAAAUAACAUUCGAUAUUUUAUCCUCCCAGACAGCUUACCUCUGGAUACACUACUUGUGGAUGUUGAACCAAAGGUGAAAUCUAAGAAAAGGGAAGCUGUUGCAGGAAGAGGCCGAGGCCGAGGAAGAGGAAGAGGACGUGGUCGGGGUAGAGGAAGAGGGGGUCCUAGGCGAUAAUGUCUCUCAGGAUUACUAUUUCAAAGUGAUACAUGAUUGGGGAUAUUUUUUGUACAGGUUUUGUUUGUUUAUGUCAGUUUUUAAUAAACAUAAAUGUAGGACGGAGUUGUCUGUUGACUGUCAAAUUUUAAUAGUUCAUAUAUAUUCAUGAUAUUUGCAUAGUAAGAGCUAAGUGUUACUACUAGGCAAACGCAGAAUAAUUUCAUUCUUAGAUCAGGCUUUUAAUGUUUGAACUAAAAUUUUUUUAUGAAUGUAUGUAGAAUAUAUACCUAAUUACUUCACAUGCACUGAAUAUGCAUUUUACUGUUUUACUUGGAUUCUGUUUUGUGGAACCUACCUAUGAGUAAAAUAAGUUCUUUUUGGUACUUCAGGAACUAACGUCCUGUGGAUUGGGGUCUAAAAUUGAUUCCCUUUUCCUGAGUUUUACUUUAUGGAGACUUGGGUAUUUAGUAAAGGUGAUAGUCCUCUUCAAAUUCAGGAGUCUUAGACUUUGUUGUACUCAUUAAUGGAUUUUUUUUUAAGGUUCUCAAUAGAAUAUAAUUUUACAUUCUCUUGAGUUGAAACUGCAGAUAACAUUCACUAGAUUAUCAGUUGUGAGCAGUGUCAAAAUCUGGUAAUGUGAAAUGUACCUGUCAGUGGCUCCUUUAUCAAGUACUUUUACAAGAAUUCCUUUAAGAACAAAAAGAAAAAAACCUUCUUUGACAGCAAAAUUGGAUUCUUUCCCAGUUGUUAAUAAGGAUUUUUUUUUUUUUUAAUUAUUGAAAUUGGUUGAGUUUAGAGAAGAAUACCUCUCAGUAUAUGCAGUUCCUUGCAGAGCUUACACCAUGAGGAUUGGGGGGAACUAAAUCUGUAUUUACAUUUAAUCCUGUACCUGGGGUUUUUUGUUUUUUAAAUGUGAAGGAAAUUUUCUGCAAAGAUUAUCUUAAAAGGUUUAGGCUCCAUAAGAGGGUUACAUAAAUUGAGAGAUAGCAAGUGCA